UUUACAAUUUGCAAAGUGGCUUGAUGUAAAUGUAUCUAAAGCCGGUGAAAAAUGUCGCACUUUAACGAAUCCUUUUUAAAUGACAAUGGUACGCACGAUUCAAAUGCGGUGCUCAUGGAGCUGGACAAGGGCCUGCGCAGUGCUAAACAAGGCAUACAGUGUGAGGCGAUCGUGCGGUUUCCUCGACUAUUUGAAAAGUAUCCAUUUCCCAUAUUGAUUAACUCGUCGUUUAUCAAACUGGCCGAGUUCUUCGUGAGUGGCUCCAACCUGUUGCGCUUUUGGGUGCUGCGUGUGUGUCAACAAAGCGAGAAUCAUCUGGACAAGAUACUCAAUAUUGAUAACUUUGUCAGGCGCAUUUUUAUGGUGAUGCACUCGAACGACCCUGUUGCGCGGGCGCUACUCUUGCGCACACUGGGUGCAGUAUCACGUGUAAUUCCAGAGAAGCCACAGGUACAUCAUGCCAUACGUCGUGCUCUGGACAGUCAUGAUACGGUUGAAGUGGAGGCAGCUAUAUAUGCAAGCAGCUGCUUUGCGGCGCAAUCCAGCUCCUUUGCUAUAAGCAUGUGUGCUAAAAUCUCUGACAUGAUUGAGUCACUGCAGGUCCCAGUGCCUAUGAAACUACUGCUUAUUCCUGUGCUCAGGCACAUGCAUCACGAUGCCAACACGGCGGCCAUGGUCAGCAAGCUAUGUCUGGAUCUACUGCCCAAGUAUCCAGCGCAGAGUUUUGUGGUGGCUAUUAUAAAUACGCUCACGCAGUUAUCUUCGCGCACGCUAGUGGGAGUGCCUGGCCAGCUUAACGUGUUGAUAGACUUCAUGCAAGAUCUGCGUACGCCGGUGCGGAUUCAAGUACUGCGCUCCUUUAAUGAGCUUGCUGGCAAGGAGAGCGUCAACGCUUGGCCCAAGCCUGCCAUUGGUUCACUCAUUGACAAGUUUAAUCUCUGCACAACUGGCGCCGAGCAGUUUCUAUUUCUCUCCAUACUACUGAAGCUCAGCGACUGCCCCUUGACUUGCCAGGAGUUGCUACGCGAACAUCGUGAUGCUAUCCUGAGUCUCUGCAACGAGUGCAUCAGCAAGUUGGACGACUACACUACCGCCACACAAGCAAUGGCUGUGCUGUCUGCGCUGGUGGCAUUCGGACUCAAAAACCAGACUACACAGGUGGAUGACAUACUGAUAAUGGUCAAUCUGCACAUGGAGGGUCUUCUAUUGUGUACGGCCCGCCGAGCAGAGUGCACACGAGACUUGCGACGUGUGCUGGCCUUUGGCAUAAGGAUUACCCAAUCAGAUGCAUCAUUUGGCGCAGGCUUUAUAGAGAUGGUUACUAAUACGCUGGGAGAUGAUGUAGACUACCCAGCUGCCAAUUCACAGCUCAUCUGCGAGGCGUUGGUGGGUCUCUGUGAGCAUUUUCAACUACGCAAGUAUGCGUUUACCCUUUCAGAGGAUCUGGAGGAUGACACAGCCAUGGAAAUCGAUGAGCCAAUAACACAAAAGGUUAAUCCCAUGAUGGCACGUCUACCAAUUAUACUCCACAAACUGAACAAGCUUGCGGACAACGAUGAGCAGCCGGAACAGCAUCUUCGCACGAUGGAAAUAUUGAGUGCCUUGGUUUGCCAAACCACCAUGGGUUGCUAUCUGCCACAACUGGUGGUGCAAUGCUUUGAGAAGUGCAUAGAACGCGUCAACUGCUGGACGCUCUAUCGCAUUGCACGCACUGCCAGUCGUUAUGGUCAUCAUUACGUGGCUGCAGAUAUCUAUACGAAGAUCGCCCAGGUUGUUAUCAGCGAUCAUAUGCAUUAUUUUCUGGUGGCGCUAUCGCAGAUCUCGCAGGCAGAGUGCAUACUUAACUAUGGCUUGGAGUACACUUAUAUGCGGGAGAACUACGCUGUAAAUGCAGAUAAUGUGGCUCCACAGCCGUUGCUUCCGUUAAUGAGACGCCUGGAAAUGGCCAGCAAUCUGUAUCAGCAAGCCUUGGCUAGCAUGCGGGCGUGCUCUUCACCACAACAUCCAUGUAGCUUCCAGCUCGAUUAUCUAAAGAUACGCGGACAGUUUCUGCAGACCUUGCACUUGGCUGUUACUGUAAAGAAUGCGCAGGUAAUAGUUCCACCGCCAGCUAUAGCAGGUAGUCUGGCGCAGAACUCCAGGGACUAUCUUCAAAAGUUUGGUCACGUUACGAAUCAGUUGAGAAAGCUGGUCAAAGCCUUGAAAAUAUGUGAGGAAACUUAUGCACGCCUCUACAAAUCCUCGUUUGAUGCAGACCAUGUCACCCUGGAGUUUCUGGAAGUCGCAGAGUUUCAGUGCGCGCUCUUUUCACAUAUUAUCGAAUCCAUUUGUUAUGCUACGCCACCAGAACCACCUGUUUUUCUGACCACUGGCAAUCAUCCAGAGACACGUUUCUUUGCCGCAAGCUGCCAGCGCAUGGAACAGAUGCAAAGGAACUUGCCAGAUGAGCCGCCCAAUGCCAAGUCCAUCAGCAAUCGGCAUCUGGAUGUAAUCAUAGCUCUCAUUGAAAUCAUGACAAUGACGCCGCUAUGUUUGCCACGCCACUUCUUCCAAAUAUUGCAGUCUACUCAGAUUAAGCUAUCGGUUAGUCCACAGCCACGCAGUGCCACGGAGCCAGUGAUUGUACAAUCUGGCAGUAAUCUAGUUAUCAAAGUGGAGGGCGUGCUGCAACACAUCAGCAAACAGCAGAAACAUUUCCGUCGCGUAGACUCCGUGCAGUUAAGUUUGACCUCUCAACUGAUGACGCCACGCCCAAUCAAUGAGUUAAUUAAGUCGCCCAUUAAUGACACCGUAACACUUAAUCAAAUUGUCAAGCCACAACGUGAUUUUCUAUCUGGCAGCUUUUUGUUGCCCAUCUCCAGUGGCGGGCAGUUCCAAGUCACGCUGGAGACAUUCGUUAUCGAUGAGCGUGGCAUAACCUGGUGCACAGGACCCAAAAGUUCAAUGGUAGUGCGAGUACUGGAUGAUCCUUCAAAGCCAACAGCUCCAGUAGUGCCCAGCACUUCUCAAGCAGUCGGCCAACCAAGACGUUUUUAAUUUGAGCUACGCGCC